AUGGGUGAUACAAAUGGACAAGUAGUAGCUGGUGGCAAUGGCUACGGAAAACGAUUGGAUCAAUUGAAUAGUCGAACCGAUGUAUUGAUUGACAAAGAGACGGAUAGUCUCAUUAUUUGCGAUGCUGGACGAGUCGUACGAUGUUCUCGUCGUAGUGGUACAACUCAAGGAGAAACCCUUAUCGACGACAUCGAUCCUCUUGGAUUGGCCAUGGAUGAUCAGAGAUAUCUCUACAUCUCUGACUACAAGAAACAUGAAGUAAGACGAUAUCAAAUAGGA